CGACCACCGACGCCGUCCCCGAAAGCGAGGGUGCCCGCAGAGAGAGAGCGAAGGACUCCGCCUCCCCGCUUUCGUCUCAAUGAAAGCCAUUCCGUCGUUCGAGAAAGACCCCCACGCCUGCCGCUGCUGCGUCGGGGUAAUUGAAGCCGGAGACCAUGAACGUGUUUUUGUUCCGAGUGCACUCGACGACGAGUAACCGACUCCGCGAAGCACCGAGCCAUUUCUCGGAAGCUCUGUUUCGGAAGCUUUAAGAAAACUCCGUGAACAAAAGGAAAAACGGCGUCAUGGUGGUGAUCGCCGGCGUGGGCGUGCCUUUUGCGUUGGUGUUGUUGUUGUGCCCGUUUCCAUCGAUGGCUGUGCAAAGGACGGAUACCCUGGAGCCGCCGCAUAAGGAUCUACUCUCGAAGAAAGGCAUCUCGAGCCACCAGCUGGGCUGCAAGGAGCUGCGUUCCAAGCGGUACAUCUCCGACGGCCACUGCAGCUCGGCCCGUCCCCUGACCGAGGUGGUGUGCGCCGGCGCCUGCCUACCGCUCGAUCAGCUGCCCUGGUACUCGGACAGUUCUACGGCGACGCUGCCCCACGGAUCUCCGUGGUCAUGCGCGAACGGCCAAACACGGUUUAAAAGAGUCCACCUGCUUUGUCCCAACGGCGAGAGGAAAAUUUACAGGGUGCCCAUCUUGAAGUCGUGCAGAUGCGUUCGUAACGCGCAACAUGUCCUCCAUGGCUCAUGAGAGGGAGGUUGCAGGAAGUUACGAAAAUUGCUCGUGGUAUCCUCUGUGCAGAUUGUCUCAUGUGAUACCGUGAAUAUUGUGGGACGGCUAUCAGACAUUUUUCGGACAGCUAUGGGACCUUGACGAUGCAUGUGAAAGAUGCCUUACUGUGUUACUGUUCAAUACGAGGCUCCAAAUCUUUUCGCAUGAAAAAGCUAGACGUUAUUAACAGUGUGGAUAAUGUUAAGGGAAGAACGAUUAUGAUAAUGCAGAGCUCAUGUCAGAAACAACUUUCGAAUCAGGAACGAGAAUAUUAAACAGCGAGAACGGGCUUGGCGCCAAGUCGGCAUGAUAUGAUUUUUCUGAAAGAUGAACGUCCUUCUUUGUUUUCAGCCCAAUGCAUGGAAAGAACUGAUUUUAUAAAUUUGGCAAUAAAGUUGGGUUAGGCGGAAAACGCAGGCUCAGAGAGCCUUAUAAAGGUCGUGGAUCUUGGACAGGGUUAAGGAUUGACAUUGCCCUACCCUUUACGUUUGAGUGUCGAUGAAGUUGCUUGUACUUUGGGGAUUUUUCUGCUAGCAGGCCUAUUAGCACCGGGCAUUUGAACUUGCGUUUACCUAGUAUAUGCUUCACCAAUAAUUCCUCUUGGAAAAUAGAGAAGGCCAAAGAGCUCUUUGCUUGCAAGGUGAAUUGUUUCCCUCUAAUCUAGAUGAUAACCCUCGUGGCUUGUUUAUGAUCGUCGCAGGUCUUCUUCAAACUGCAGGUUAUAGUGUAUUGUUUAAUUAUGAUCCUGCGUAUAACAAUUUCUAACGAAAGUGACCAACCAGUCGACUGUUCCUUCCCUAUAUGUGCUUAGUACUUUGAUAUUUCGAGCGCAUUUUUGGGACAUCUCGUGCAAUGCGGAUGGUGUAGUUUCAUUUGAGAACCAGUGUCUGAAAGCAAUUAAUAAAACCAGCGUAUACCUAAUAAAAUUAAGCAAGAGCCUGAACGAUACAUUUGAAAUAUACAACAUGUUGUAAUUUUGUUAUUAAAUUACCAAUUUUAAUAUUACUAUACUACCCUGACUACAGCGAUUACAUAUGACGUCCAGGUUUGGGGAAUUAGUUCUUGUACUUGUUUUGUAGUCACCAGGAA